UUGUCAUUUUCUGUCUACUUUAACAACAUGGUCAUCAGUUAAUUAUUAUAUAACUAUUGUAAUUCUGCAUUGGCAUAUAUAGAGAAUCUCUACUUAAAGUUAUGAGAUUUGUCAGUCGAGUUCAAUUGUACAACACACACUCUGAUAGUCUUUAGCGAGUGGAAAAGAAAACGUAACACAGCAGUUCUGCGAUCAGCUUAUGAGAAAUGGAAUAUGACGCUGAAAUACCAGAGAACAAAAGUAUAAAGGAAGAGAAUUUGCUAGGGGAAGUGUACACAAUAUCAGACAAACUGAAGUUGGAGAAAGACAAAAGGGACCAAUCACUAUCUGAGUUUGAAGAAACUUCAGAGGUUGAAAAUGUUAAGGAUCUGAUUAAAGGUAAUUAUGGAACCACUGAGGGUGAAAAUUUUUAUGCAUCACCCUUAGUUUCCAAAGCUGUCGAAGAAAAUGGUAGUUCAGUGGAAGUCCAUGUAUCAGUCGAUACACCAAACAAGUCAGAUGAACAGAUGCCCGGGACUUCAUUCCAUCUGGGGGAGAAAGCAGAAGACAAAAGAGUAGAAAUCAUUUCUGCGGGAACACAGAAUCCAAGUGAAGAGAGUGAAACAUCAUGUGAAAUGAGCAAUGUUGAGAAGAACACAUCUAUCCCCUUGACAGUCCGAGGAGAUGUUAGCUCUGCAAAAUAUAAAACGGAAGAGACAGACGCUGACGCAAUCAAAUCACCUGGCGACACUAAGGAUGAGAAAGCAGUCAAAGAUGCAAAUGACUACAAUGGCGAUAGAAAUAUUUUCAUAUCCCCCAAAUCAGAGUGCCAAAGAGGAGAGGACGAGAAAAAAGAGACAGGAGAUGGAGAGGGUGCUAGGAAUGUGCUUGUUAACUCAUUUGUUGAUGUUGUAGAAGAAACCAGGUCAGAUUAUGCUGAAUCAGAUACGAGUGCGAAACAUGGGGACAACUCAAUCGAGAAGGGAAACCAAGAUGUUGCUGACCAUCCAGCAGUAGAGGAAAAAACUGAAGAACUAGAAGUUGAAGAAAAACAUGAAAAACCAAUUAUUGAAGAGAAAACUAAAGAACCAAUAGUUACGGAGAAACAUGCAGAACCAGCGGUUGAAGAAAAACCUGAAGAACCAGCAGUUGAAGUAAAAACUGAAGAACCAGUUGUGCAAGAGAAACCUGAAGAAACAGAGGUUCAGGAGAAAUUUGAAAAAACAGAGGUUGAAGAGAAGCCCGAAGAACUAGUGGUUGAAGAAACAUCAAAAGAACCAACACGAGAAAAAACAUCCGAAGAGUUAGAAUUUGAAGAAAAACCUGAGAAGGUAACUUUCUUGGAAAAGAAAAUACAAGUUGUAGACUCAAACGACAAAAGUGAGAAUGAACUUCCAUGCAAUACCAACAAUGAUGCUGCUAACUUUGCAGAAUUUGAGGAACCAGCAGUUGAAGAAAAACCUGAAAAACUAGAGAAACCUGAUUUACCAAUGGUUAGGGAGAAACGUGAAGAACCAAAGGUUGAGGAAAAAUCUGAAGAAUCAUUUGAGGAGAAAACUCGAAAACCAGAGGCUGGAGAGAAACCUGAAGAACCAACAGCUAAAGAAACACCUGAAGAACUAGCAGAGGAGGAAAUGCCUGAAGAGCUAGCCCUUGAAGAGAAACCUAGAGAACCAACCGUUGAAGAGACACUUGAAGAACUAGAUGUUGAAGAGAAAGCUGAAAAGAAAGCAAUUGAAGAGGAGAAACCUGAAACGGAAGCUCUUCAGGAGAAUAAUUCACCAAUUGAAAAGUCAAAGAACAAGACAGACAAUGCAAUUCAAUGCAUUACCAACAAUGCUAUUGCCGAUUAUGAAUCAGUUGAGGAAAAAACUGAAGAACCAGCAAUUGAAGAGAGAUCUGAAGAGUCAGUGGUUAUGAAAAAACCUGAACAACCAGCAGUUGAAGAGAAAUCUGAAAAACCAGUAGCAAGAGAGGAACUUGAAGAACCAUCGAUUGAGGAGACACUAGAAGAACCAGCAGUUGAAGAUAAACCUGAAAAACCAGUAACUGAAGAAGCACCUGAAGAACCAACACAGGAAGAAACACCAAAUGAACAAGCAUUUGAAGAGAAACCUGAAAACCCAAUAACUGAAGAAACACCUGAAGAACCAACACAGGAACAAAAUGAACUAGCAUUUGAAGAGAAACCAGCAGUUGAAGAGGAGAAACCCAAAAAAGUAUCUCUUUUGGAAAAGAAAAUGCUAGUUGUAGACUCUAAGGACAACACUGAUAGUGAAAUUCCAUGCAAUACCAACAACGAUGCUGCUCACUAUCCAAAAACUGAGAAAAUAACCGAAGAACCAGCAGUUGAAGAAAAACCAGAAAACCCAGUUUUUGAAGAGAAACGUGAUGUAUCAGAGAUUAAAGAGAAACCUGAAGAACCAACGGUUGAGGAGAAACCUGAAGAACCAGCGGCUGAAAAGAAACCUAAGGAACCGACAGCGAAAGAAACACAUGAAGAGCUAGCAGGGGAGGAAACACAUGAAGAACUAGCAUUUGAAGAGAAACCUGAAGAACCAAUGGUUGAAGACAUACCUGAAAAACCAGCAGUAAUGGAGGAGGAGAAACCUUUAACAGAAGGGCUUCUGGAGAAGAAUUUGCCAAUUGUAGACUCAAAGGACAAGAUAGACGAUGCAAUUCCAUGCAAUACCACCAAUAAUGAUAUUGCUAACUAUGCAUCAGUUGAGGAAAAACCUAACGAACCAGUAGUUGGAAAAACACAUGAAGAAUUAGCAAUUGAAGAUAAAUCUGAAGAAUCAGUUGUUUCGGAGAAGCUUGAAGAACUAGUGGUUGAGAAAAAAACUGAACAACCGACAGUUGAAGAGAAACCUGAAAAACCAGCAGUUGGAGAGAAACAUGAAGAACCAGCCGUUGAAGAGGAGAAACCUGAAAAAACUAUGCUAAUUGUAGACUUGAACGACAAAACUGGUAGUGAAAUUCCAUGCAAUACCGGUAAUGAUGUUGCUCACUUUCCAGACAUUGAGGAAAAUCCUGAAGUGUCGGCAGUUGAAGAAAAAACUGAAGAAUCAGUCAUUGAACAGAAACCUGAUGUACCAGCAGUUAAGGAGAAACCUGAAGAACCAACAUUUGAGGAGAAAUCUGAAGUACUGGUUGAGGAGAAACCUCAAGAACCGGCGUCUAAAGAGAGACCUGAAGAAGCGGCAGCUAAAGAAACAGCUGAAGAGCUAGCAAAGGAGGAAGCACCUGAAGAACUAGCACUUGAAGAGACACCUGAAGAACUAGUUCUUGAAGAGAAAGAUGAAGAAACAGCUAUUGAAGAGGAGGAACUUGUUAGGAAAGCUCUUCAGGAGAAGAAAUUGCCGAUUGUAAACGCAGAGGACAAUACAGACAAUGCAAUUCCAUGCAAUACCAACAAUGACAUUGCUAACUAUGCAUUAGUUGAGGAAAAAACUGAAGAACCAGUAGUUGAAGAGAAAUCUGAAGAAUCAGCUAUUGAAGAGAAGUCUGAAGAAUCAAGGGUUUUGGAGAAACCAGAAGAACCAGAGGUUGAGAAAAUACCUAAACAGCCGACAAUUGAAGAGAAACCUGAAAACCCAACAGUUGGAGGAGAAAAGCUUGAAGAACCAUUGGUUGGAGAGACAACCAAAGAACCAACAAUUGAGGAGAAACCUGAAGGAACACCUAAGGAACUAUCAUUUGAAGAGAAACAUGACGAACCAACCGUUGAAGAGGAGAAACAUGAAAAGGUAACUCUUUCGGAAAAGGAUAUGCUAAUUGUAGACUCGAACACCAAAACUGGCAGUGAAAUUCCAUGCAAUACCAAUAAUGAUGUUGCUCACUCUCCAGACAUCGAGGAAAAUCCUGAAGAAUCGGCAGUUGAAAUAAAAAAUGAAGAACCAGUCAUUGAAGAGAAACCUGAUGUACCAGCAGUUGAGGAGAAACCUGAAGAACCAAAAUUUGAGGAGAAAUCUGAAGUACCAGCUGAGGAGAAACCUCAAGAACCGGCAACUGAAGAGAAACCUGAAAAACCAGCAGCUAUAGAAACAGCUGAAGAACUAGCACUUGAAGGGAAACCUGAAGAACUAACAGUUGAAGAUACAUCUGAAGGGCUAGUUGUUGAAGAGAAAGAUGAAAAACCAGCAAUUGAAGAGGAGGAACCUGAAACGGAAGCUCUUCAGGAGAAGAAUUUGCCAAUUGUAAACUCAAAGAACACAACAGACAAUGCAAUUCCAUGCAAUACCAACAAUGACAUUGCUGACUAUGCAUCAGUUGAGGAAAAUACUGAAGAACCAGAAGUUGAAGAGAUAUCUGAAGAAUCAGCUAUUGAAGAGAAAUCUGAAGAAUCAAGGGUUUUGGAGAAACCAGAAGAACCACCGGUUGAGAAAAUACCUGAACAACCGACAAUCGAAGAGAAACCUGAAACACCAACAGUGGGAGAAAAGCUUGAAGAACCAUCAGUUGAGGAGACGAUCAAAGAACCAAAAAUUGAGGAGAAACCUGAUAAACAAGUAACUGAAGAAACACCCAAGGAACUAGCAUUAGAAGAGAUACAUAAAGAGCCAGCAAUGAAAGAGGAGAAACCUGAAAAGGUAACUCUUUUGGAAAAGAAUAUGCUAAUUGUAGACUCGAACACCAAAACUGGCAGUGAAAUUCCAUGCAAUACCAAUAAUGAUGUUGCUCACUCUCCAGACAUUGAGGAAAAUUCUGAAGAACCGGCAGUUGAAAUAAAAAAUGAAGAACUAGUCAUUGAAGAGAAACCUGAUGUACCAGCAGUUGAGGAGAAACCAACAUUUGAGGAGAAAUCUGAAGUACCAGCUGAGGAGAAACCUCAAGAACCAGAGACUGAAGAGAAACCUCAAGAACCGGCAGCAAUAGAAACACCUGAAGAACUAGCACUUGAAGAGAAACCUGAAGAACCAACGGUUGAAGAUACAUCUGAAGAGCUAGUUGUUGAAGAGAAAGUUGAAAAAACAGCAAUUGAAGAGGAGGAACCUGAAAUGGAAGCUCUUAAGGAGAAGAAUUUUCCAAUUGUAAACUCAAAGAACACAAUAGACAAUGCAAUUCCAUGCAAUACCAACAAUGACAUUGCUGACUAUGCAUCAGUUGAGGAAAAAACUGAAGAAGCAAUAGUUGAAGAGAUAUCUGAAGAAUCAGCAAUUGAAGAAAAAUCUGAAGAAUCAAGGGUUUCGGGGAAACCAGAAGAACCAGCGGUUGAGAAAAUACCUGAACAACCGACAGUUGAAGAGAAACCUGAAAAACCAACCGUGGGAGAAAAGCUUGAAGUACCAUCAGUUGAGGAGACAAUCAAAGAACCAAAAAUUGAGGAGAAACCUGAAAAACAAGUAAUUGAAGAAACACCUAAGGAACUAGCAUUUGAAGAGAUACAUGAAGAACCAGCCAUGGAAGAGGAGAAACCUGAAAAGGUAACUCUUUUGGAAAAGAAUAUGCUAAUUGUAGACUCGAACGAAAAAACUGGCAGUGAAAUCCCAUGCAAUACCAAUAAUGAUGUUGCACACUCUCCAGACAGUGAGGAAAAUCCUGAAGAAUCGGCAGUUGAAGAAAAAACUGAAGAACCACUCAUUGAAGAGAAACCUGGUGUACCAGCUAUUAAGGAGAAACCUGAAGAACCAACAUUUGAGGAGAAAUCUGAAGUACCAGUUGAGGAGAAACCUGAACUAGAGAUUACAGAGAAACCUGAAGAACCGGCGACUAUAGAAACACCUGAAGAGCUUGCAGGGGAGGAAACACCUGAAGAACUAGCUCUUGAAGAGAAACCUGAAGAACCAACAGUUGAAGACACAUCUGAAGAACUAGUUGUUGAAAAGAAAGAUGAAAAACCAGCAAUUGAAGAGGAAGAACCUGAAACAGAAGCUCUUCAGGAGAAGGACAAGACAGACAAUGCAAUUCCAUGCAAUACCAACGACAUUGCUGACUAUGCAUCAGUUGAGGAAAAAACUGAAGAGCCAGUAGUUGAAAAAAAACAUGAAGAACAAGCAAUUGAAGAGAAAUCAGAAGAAACAGCAGUUUCAGAGAAGCCAGAAGAACCAGUGGAUGAGAAAAAACCUGAACCACCGGCAAUUGAAGAGAAACCUAAAGAAACAACAAUGGAAGAGAAGCUUGAAGAACCAUUGGUUGAGGAGACAAUUGAGGAGAAAGCUGCAAAACCAAUAACUGAAGAAGCACCUGAAGAACCAAAACGGGAAGAAACACCUAACGAACUAUUAUUUGAAGAGAAACCAGCACUUGAAGAGGAGACAUCCAAAAAGAAUAUGCUAGUUGUAGACUCAAACGACAAAACUGGCAGUGAAACUCCAUGCAAUACCAAUAAUGAUGUUGCUCACCCUCCACAAGUUGAGGAAAAUCUUGAAGAGUCAGUAGUUGAAGAAAAACCUGAAGAACCAACUAUUGAAGAGAAACUUGAUGUACCAGCGGUUAAGGAGAAACCUGAAGAACCAGUGGUUGAGGAGGAACCUCAAGAACCAGCGGCUGAAGAAACACCUGAAGAGCUAGAAGGGGAGGAAACACCUGAAGAAUUAGCACUUGAAGAGAAAACUGAAGAACCAACGGUUGAAAAGACACCUAAAGAACUAAUUGUUGAAGAGGAGAAACCUGAAACAGAAGCUCUUCUAGAGAAGAAUUUUCCAAUGGAAGACCCAAAGGACAAGAUAGAUAAUGCAAUUCCUUGCAAUACCAACAAUGAUAUUGCUGACUAUGAAUCAGUCGAGGAAAAACCUCAAGAACUAGUAGUUGAAAAAGAUAAUGAUGAAACAAUGAUUGAAGAAAAAUCUGAAGUAUUGGCUGUUAUGGAGAAGCCUGAAGAACCAGCGGUUGAGAAAAAACUUGAAGAACUGGCAGUUGAAGAAGAACGUGAAAAACCAACUGUGGAGGAGAAAUUUGAAGAACCAUUGGCAGAGGAGAAACUUGAAGAACCAAAGGUUGAAGAGAAACCUGAAAAGACAAUAACUGAAGAGACACCCAAAGAAUCAACACGGGAAGAAACACCUAAUGAACUAGCAUGUGAAGAAAAACCUGAAGAGCCAGCAGUUGAAGAGGUGAAACCUGAAGAACCAACAGGUGAAGAGGAGAAACCAGAAAAGGUAACUCUUUUGGAUAAGAAUUUGCUAGUUGCAGACUCGAAGGAAAAAACUGACAAUAAAAUUCCCUGCAAUACUAGCAACAAUGCUGCUCACUUUCUAGAAGAUGAGAAAAACCCUGAAAAACCAGCAGCUGUGGAAAAACCGGUUAUUGAAGAGAAACUUGAUAUACCAGCAAUUAUGGAGAAACCUGAAGAACCAACAAUUGAGGAGAAAUCUGAAGAACCAGUUGAGGAGAAACCUAAAGAACCAACUGUUGAAGAGAAACUUGAAGAACCAACAACUAAAGAAACACCUGAAGAGCUAGCAGGGGAGGAAACACCUGAACUACCACUUGAAGAGAAACCUGAAGAACCAAUGGUUGAAGAGACCUCUGAAGAGAUAGCUGUUGAAGAGAAACAUGACAAACCAGCAAUUGAAGAGGAGAAACCAGAAAUGGAAACUCUCCUAGAGAAGAAUAUGCCAAUUGUAGACUCAAAGGACAAGAUUGACAGUGAAAUUCUAGGCAAUUCAAACAACGAUGUUGCUUACUAUCCAACAGUUGAAGAUAAAGCUGAAGUACAGGUAGUUAAAGAAAAACAUGAAAAACAAGUGAUUGAAGAGAAACGUGAAGAACCAGCGGUUAAUGAAAAAACUGAUGAACCAGCAGUGACAGAGAAACCUGAAGAACCGGCUGUGGAAAAAAAAACUGAAGAACAAGUUUUCGAGGAGAAACUUGAAGAACCAACAGUUGAAGAGAAAUCUGAAGAACCUGUAGUUGAAGAAACACCUGAAGAUCUAGCAGAUGAAAAGAACCUUGAAAAACUAGUAAUCGAAGAGAAACCUGAAAAGGUAACUUUGUUGGAAGAGGAUAUGUCAGCUAUAGAUUCAAAAGGGAAGACUGACACUGAAACUCCAUGCAUUACCAACAUUGAUGUUGCUGACUAUCCAGCAGUUGAGGAAAAAACUGAAGAACCAAUGGUUGAGGAAAAACAUGAGGAACCAAUUGUUGAGGAUAAACCUGAAGAACCAGUAAUAAAUGAGAAACUUCAAAAAUUGGCAAUUGAAGAAACACUUGUAGAGCAAGCAAGAGCGGAAACACCUGAAGACCUAAUAGUUGAAGAGAAUCCCAACAAACCAGCAGUUGAAGAGACACCGGAAGAACUAGCUAUUGAACAGAAAUCUGAAAAACAAGCAGUUGAAACGGUGACUCUCUUGGAAAAGAAUAUGCCAGAUACGGACUCAAGUCACUCAACAGACAAGAUUAAUGGUGAAAUUCUGUGCAACGACAACAGUGAUGUUUCUGACUAUCCAGCUGUUGAGGAAAAACAUGAAGAAACAGUAAUAGAAAAAAAAUAUGAGGAACCUGCACUGAAAGAGAAACCUAAAGAACCAGUUGUAUCGGAGAAAUUCGAAGAACUAAUGGUUGAGGAAACACCUGAAAAAUUAGUAGUUGAAGAGAAGCUUGACGAACCAGUUGCAGGGGAAGAAACAGUUGAUAAACCAGCACGGGAAGAAACACCUGACAAACAAGUAGCUGAAGAGAAACAUGAAGAAGUAGUUGUUGAAGAGAAACUAGAGAAAGCAGCAGCUGAAAAGGUAACGCCCCUCGAAAAGCAGAAUAAGCAUGUUGUGGACUCAAAUGAUAAGACUGGCAAUGAAAUUUCAUGCAAUACCAACAAUGAUUUUGCUGAAAUUGAGGAAAAACCCGAAGAUUCAGCAGUUGAAGAGAAACUCAAGGAAUCGACAGUUGAAGAGAAACGGGAAGAAUUUGACAUCGAGGAGAAACCCGAAGAACCAAAAAUUGAGGAGAAACUCGAAGAACCAGAGAAACCUGACAAACCAGCAGUUGAAGGGACACCUGAACAACUAGUUGACGAGAAACCUCAAGAAAUUUCAUGCAAUACCAUUGAAGUUGAGGAAACGCCUGAAGAUUCAGCAGUUGAAGAGAAACCAGUGGAACCGACAGUUGAACAGAAACCAGAAGAACCAGUUGUUAGGGAGAAACUUGAAGAAUCAAAAGUUGAGGAGAAACCCAAAGAACCAGCGGUUGAGGAGAAAUCCGACGAACCAGUGAUUGAAGGGACACUAGAAGAACCUGUGGCGAAAGAAACACCUGAACAACCAAUGAUUGAAGAGAAACCUCAAGAACCAGAAGUUCAAGAGAAACCAAAAGAACCAACAGUUCAAGAGAAACUUGAAGAACCAACAAUUGAUGAAAAACCUGAAGAACUAGCAGUUGAAGGAAAACCUGAAGAACCAGCAGUUGAAGUAACACCCAAACCAAAAAGUGAAGAGAAACCCCAAGAAUCAGUGAUUGAGGAGCAAUCUCAAGAACCAGAGGUGAAAGAAACACCUGAAGAACCAGUGGUUAAAGAGACACGUGAAGAGCUAGCAGUUGAAAAGAAACCUGAAGAACUAGCAACUGAAGAACAAGUAGUUGACCAAAAACUUGAGGAACCAACAGUUGAGGUGAAACCUGAAGAAGCUACAGUUGAUGAAAAACAUGAAGAACCAUCAGUUGAGGAGAAACCUGAGGAAUCAGCAGUUGAGAACUUUGAAGAACCAACAGUUAAUGAGAUACCUGAAGAACUAGCAGGUAAAGAGAAACUUGAAGAACCAAUAAUUGAAGAGAAACCUAAAGAACCACCAAUUGAAGAACCCAAAAAACAAAACAGGGAAGAGACAGAAGCUGCCACUGAAAGAAUUGAUGAAUCUGAAACACAUAAUGUAGAGAAAGAAGAAGCUUUGAUUGGAAAACAGGCAGAACGGUUUGUCAAAGAAACAGCACAACCUUGCAAAGAAGUUGAAACUGAGAUAAAAGAACUUAAAGAUAUCAAUGCUGGUGAUGAGUCAAACAAUAAUGCCCUACAAAAAGAAGAAACGACUCUAGAUGAACUUCUAACAUCCGCCAAAGAAGAGAUGGCGGCAAAUAACUUUGAAGAAAGCAAAGUGGUUUCAGAAAUCCCCAAUCAAGAGAAUGGUCAGCAAGCCAAUCUAACCACAGAAGAGGCUAAUGACUCCCAUGGAGCAGAGAACGUAACUGAACUUUCUUCAGAAGAAAUGAGGGUGGAGGACUGUACUAACAAGGUUGAAAGCUCUGAUUUCGGGUUCCAAAAUCAUAAUAAGUACACCCCAGAUGCAGAUAAGCUUGAGCUACAAAACAGAGAAAUAGAUAUUAGCUAUAGUCUCGAUACUCCGGUUGAAAAAGAAACAAAUGGAAGAAACAGUGAAAAGAUAUCUGAAUCCACAGAAGAACUUAUCCAUCAGACAUCUGAAAUUUCUGAAGAAAACAAAGCAGCAGUAGAUACAGACACCAAUACGUUACAAAGCUGUGCAGAUCCACAUGAACAACUGAAGCAUCAGUUAGCUGAGCUACGCGAAGAGAAACAGGCAGGAGGAAUAGCAGACACCAAUACUUUACAAAGGUCUGCAGACCAUGAGGAGCCUUACAGUGUACCUGCUCAGGAGAUCAUUGACAAAUCAGAAACAGAGGAUAUUUCUUGUGCGGAUUGCCUUGAAGAAGAAAAUAGCCUCAGAACCAACCAAGAUAAGUUAAAAGAGGGAGAAAAUUCAGAAGUGAAGACAGAUGAAAAUUUUGACAAGGGAGAUGAAUUCCAAAGCAUAAUGAUGUUGAAAGGAGUUGAAAAGGAUGAUUACAAGCAGCAUAUAAAACACAACACAUGUGCAGUCAUGGAUACAGAAGAGAAGAAUGAAGAUUCACCUGCUGGAGAACAAACAUCCGAAAAGCUAGAAGAACUGGAGAAAAUUGAUAUUGAUGACAAUAACAAUAUUAAUCAUCAAAGUACUGAGACAAACCUCCCAGAAGAGGCCACAGAAUCAAAGAGUGAAUGUGUUACGAUGGAAAUCAAGACUCCAAUCAAAGAGGAGGAACAAGAAGAAGAUUUAAGAGAGACCACCAGCGAAGAUUCCUCAAACAACAACACAACACAGGUGCAAAAAGAGGAGGAAACAACAAUAAGUGAACCCGAAAGAGUAAGUUUGGAACCUUUUGGAUCAGAACGAAAAACAGCAGCAAGUUCCGGAGAGAUGAUAACAUGCAACGAAACAAACAAAAUACAUGAAGUAAGAGUUGAAAAUGCUCCAGGUGCCCAAGUAGGACGUGUACCAGAGGAAAAGACAAGGGGCGAACAGGAAAAAGUAACCGAACAUUUCACAUCAUUGAAAUCUGUUACGGUUUCGGAAAAGGAGAUAGCGAUGGAUAACAUGGUGAGCAAUGAGAGCAAUACAACUAAGCAGAUACACGAGCAAGCAGCAUAUCCUCUACUUACAUUGGAAAGGGAGGAAACUAUUCCAACAAGCAGCACUGAUGCCAAUGGUACUCCCAAAGACAGCAUUACCCCACAUAUGGAACUGGGUGCAGAGGCCAAAAAUAUCCAGUACAUGCAGGAAAAAUGCAAAACUUCUGAAACAGAACAACAUCAGGAAAAUUAUGAAAACAAGAAAGAAGUUGAAUGUGAUUCAAAAGAAGUACCAGAGGAAUCCAUAUCGAGAGAGACACAAGCUAAGGCCGCACUAUCUGACCUUGUGCAUGUAUCAACAAAAGAGACAUCAAAAAUUGAGGAAGACUUUGCUGAAGAAAGAGAAGGCAACGACAGAGAAGAGGAAGGAAUUCAAAAAAAAAGAGAAGUGUCAAGUUCUGAAGAUCCAGUGAUCGUAGAAAUCUCCAGAGAUGCUGAUAUCAAAGUUCCUCCCAAAAAACAUCAGAACAUAUUGUCAGGAGUCGGAUCAAAAGUCAAGCACUCAAUUGCAAAGGUGAAGAAAGCCAUCACUGGUAAGUCCUCUCAGACCAAGCCAUCAUCACCAAAGUAAGGCGGAGAAAAAAGAUCAAAACUUCACAUUAUUCGAAGUUGUAAGUACUCAAGAAAAACAAAGUGAAAAGCUUUUCAGCUACUCUAGUUUUUAAUAAAGUAGAAAAGUUUGUUCAGAAUGUGUAAUCUUAUUGUAUUAGGAGUUCCAUAAUUAUUGGAUACAUGCUAGCAACUUCUCAGCGACAACUCAAUAACAUCAACCAGUUCCACCA